GAGGCUAGCUAAAGCUGUCGUUUCCUAUUGGUCCUUUUCGUCAUUGUAAACAUGUAGCCGUUUCCUCCGUGUGACCGUUUUGCCGUUCGGCGGUGUUUCCUUAUUGUUGACUAGCUUAUCUGUAGCCCGAAAUAUGAUGGACGUGUUGUUAAAAAUAUCAGUUUUGUCAAAAGGGCAGGGUGGUGUUAGCUUGAUAACUAGCUAACAGUGAAUAGCUAAUAUCGGGCCGUGUUUAUAUGAAGCUGGCCUUGCUAAUUAGACGGAGACAGCUAGCUUCCAGUCCACCACAAGCGGGCUGAACCGAGGUUAGCCUAACAAAGAAGGAUGGGACGUAAUGAAAUCUAACAAGGUGACAUAAAGAAGAGGACAAAUAUGAAGAGCUCGAGAAGUAGUGGUGCUUCGUCACCCGUGAAUGGGAAACAAGACUGGGACACUAAACGGAAGAGGAAAAUUGCCGACAUCACACAGGCCCUCAGUGUGAGUCCAGUGGAUGUGGCAGCUCUGAGGAGGAUGGCCAUCAGCGAAGGUGGACUGCUGACUGAUGAGAUACGCUGUCAAGUCUGGCCUCGGCUUCUCAAUGUCCCUCCUAGUGUCCUGGAGCAAGAGCCAGAAAAGGUAGAGCGGGAGAAUAACAAAGACUACAACCAGGUGCUGCUUGAUGUCCAGCGCUCACUGCGGAGGUUCCCACCUGGAAUGCCAGAUGAGCAGAGGGAGGGUCUCCAGGAAGAGCUCAUUGACAUCAUACUUGUAGUUUUAAAACGUAAUCCACAGCUGCACUACUAUCAAGGAUACCAUGACAUAGUUGUCACCUUCCUUUUAGUCCUGGGGGAGCGACUCGCAACGGCUCUUGUUGAAAAGCUCUCCACUCAUCAUCUCAGGGACUUCAUGGAUCCUACCAUGGACAACACAAAACACAUACUCAACUAUUUGAUGCCCAUCAUUGAGAGGGUCAACCCAGAGGUGCAUGACUUCAUGCAACAGGCUGAGGUGGGUACAGUCUUUGCUCUCAGUUGGCUGAUCACCUGGUUUGGUCAUGUCCUGUCAGACUUCCGCCACGUUGUCCGGUUGUAUGACUUCUUCCUUGCUUGCCACCCAUUGAUGCCCAUCUACUUUGCUGCUGUGAUCGUACUGUACAGAGAAGAGGAGGUGUUGGAGUGUGAAUGCGACAUGGCCAUGGUUCAUCACCUGCUGUCUCAGAUUCCCCAGGAUCUGCCCUAUGAGACUCUCAUCAGCAGAGCAGGAGACCUCUUCGUCCAGUUCCCUCCCUCUGAACUGGCUAAAGAGGCUGCCUCCCAUGAAAGCAUGGCUUCCUCCACCUUUAAGGAUUUUGACCUCGCCUCCACCCAGCAGCGGCCGGACUCAGUCCUUCGUCGACGCCGCAGACAGAAACAGGCUGCGCUGGAGAGCUCGGCAGCAGCGGCAAGCUCGGUGGUCGCAGUGGCCCAGCCUUCAGCAGCACGCCGGUUUGUCCGACUCGCUGUCAUGGGCCUGACGGUGGCAUUGGGGGCAGCAGCUCUGGCGGUGGUCAACACUGCCCUAGAGUGGGCCCCAAAACUGGAUUUGUUUCCUUGAACUUCUGACAGACGGGUCUGUUUCCAGGAACCCUUUAACAAAUUAACCCACAAACCUUUCAGUCGAUAACACUGUCUGGAGUGUUCUCUUCAAAGUGAACCAGUCAACGCUCCGCUCUCCUCCUCCUGGAUGUGUCCAAACAUCCUUUAGAGGGGUUGUUUUUAUGACUCCUCAGGAGUGUGCACAGAUGUAACAGCAACUACUGCUCAUGCUCUGAAAUGAAGAAUCCAUCCUGCUAUAGUUAAGAAACUGUAUCGAAUAAGUAGAAGUGAUGGUGUCAUAUUAAAAGUUAUUUAUAUUUGGUUUUAGGAUAAUCGGAUAUCGAAUUAUGCUCACAGAGAUUUAUGCUGAAAGUUUGGUGGAAGCAUUACACUUGAAACUGCUGCCAAUAAGGAGAGCUAGAGUGAAUGUGUGAGUGUAUGUUUGUGUGAGUGUUUGGUCGUUACCCAUUUGAUACCUGGACUGAGACCAAAAAGAGGACGAGUUACAGUCCUCUCUUUGUAUAAUUUACUAUUUUUUCAGCUUAUUCUGUGCGCAGCCGUAGAGCGAUCUGGUCAUGAAACAAAGACACUUUAUAAAGUCACAAUUUUAUCAAGUUUUUAGGCUGUUUUGUUCCUUUGACUGUUAAAAAACUUUUCCAUUUAAGAAAAAAACAAAGUCACCAUUGAUGAUAUGAUGAUAUAUUUAGUCUGGGUUAUGAAAAGGGUUGGUGAAAAGUCACUCAGUUUUUUUUUUUUUAAACUAAAUGUUAGUGUUAUUAAAAAAAAUAUAUCCUUAACUGUAACCAACUUUGGACUAGUUUUGUAUCUCAAACCUUUAAAAAUCAGACCUCACAUGAGAGUACAAAAGAAAAAAAACAGUUAAAAAUGUGUCUGUGUUUCAUGGCCCUGACAUCUAUAGAUACUUUCUGUCUCUUUUUUGAGUAGAUGUUUAAAUCUCUUCAUACUUCAGCAACACUAACUCACUCAAUGCCUGCUUACAGAGAAAUAUCAGAUGUAAAAGUAAAAUGAAGUGGAUACAGUAGUCCUUGUGUUUGCACAGUGGGGGACCCAGUUUGCACUGACUGCAUUCUGUUUUGCUAAAUCACUUGACAUUUAGUUCUCUCACACUUUCUGGAAGAAGCUGAGCCUUUGAAGUUUGUUUUCCAAUGUUUUUGUUUUGUUUUAAACAAGACUUUAGCUUUAAUUGUGCCCAUUUCAUUUAGCUUAGCUUGAUUAGUUGGAGUGCGGCAUUUCGUGAGGAGCAGUCCAGCUAUUCUGAUGUUUCUGUCACUUUCAUUCAGUCACGUUAAAAGUAACAGGAUAGCUUCAGUGGUGUUAACACUCGUAUCUGGAAAGCCAAGUAUCUUAACCUCCUGAGACCUCAGCUUUUGUUUGGAAUGUAUUUUACUUUCUUUCACUUAUUUGGGAUCAGUAGGACCUGACAAGUUUAAAACUUCAGCCUUGUCUUUAUGAAUUAAUUUAUACCAAAAAUGAUGUCCACAAAUCUCCCGAAGGUCCUGCUUCUGCAGAAAAUACAGCACUAGAAAGGUUUUAGAGCCAGUUGGUCAGUUGUUGGGGAGCUUUAGUCAGUAAGAAAUGUUAUCAGUCAUUGAGAGAGGAAUGGUGGACUCAUUUUCCUUGAUAUUUUGAAAUUUACACUAAAAGUUCUGAAUUUGAGGUUCUGAAGAAAGCUUCCUUUCCAAAAUCCAAACAAAUUUCCCCCAAAUUUUAAAGAAAUAAACUUAAAAUUUUGGUCAGAAUUCUUAAAUAUAUUUAGGACAUUCCAAUAAAAAAACAUGUAAAUCCCUGAAAAUUUUCAUUAAAUUCCAUCUGAAAUUUCUCAUCAAAUUCCCAAAAACUUAAAAAAUAUUUUUUUCCCAAAUUUCUGUAAAAUGCCUGAAAAUUACCAAAUACACACAAAAAAUGUCCUCAAAUUCCCUUGAAAUUGCAAAAAAAAAUUAGUAAUAAUAAUAAUAAUGAUAAUAAUAAUAAUAAAAAUCCAAAGCAGCUUUCCCCAAGGCUCCCAAUAAAACUCUCAAAAAUACACAAACAUAUCCUUAAAACUGGAGAGGCCCUGCAGCAUACCACUACGAUAGGACGUUUUGUGCUCAUCUGUUACAGACCUUUACAAUGGGGAGACCUCAACUGUGGGGCAGGGAGUGUCGUACUAACCCUCAUUGGGUUUUUCCUUAGUUUGUGGUGUGUUAUUUUUAAAUUUAUCCCCCUUACCCUAAACUUUAGGGUGUUCAGGUGCCUAACCCUAACCCUCUUUGGGUUUUCCUAAUUUUGUGGUGUGUUGAAUUAAAAUUUACCCCCUCAGUAAAAUUUGGAUUUGUAUCAUUAAAAUUCUUCUGUUGUGAAAAAUAGCCACUUACUGUAACAUUUGACAGCAAGCAAAAAAUAUGAAUCAUUCGGUACGUCAUUAUGAUUCUAGCUUGGGUAAUGCAUAUCACUUCCUGCCCCACAGUUGAGGUCGCCCCAUUGUAGAGGUCUGCAGCCAGAUUCUCUUGCAAAACUUCCAUGAAAAUACAUGAAAAUUUCCCUGAAAAUUCAUUUUAAAAUUUCAUAGUAAAUAAUCCAAACAUUUCAAGCAAAUUGCUUUCAAGCAGUUAUCUAAAAAUUCUUAUAUCAGAUUUUUUUUUACAAUGUUUAAGGAAAUGUAAUGUCCUCAUAAGUACAUGCAGGGCCUUAGGAGGUUAAACGAUCAACAAAUAGUUUUGUCUGGGCACUUCAUUUUUAAGCUGUGUUUCUAUAAAGAAGUUUUGUUCAGUUUGAUACAACACAUAAUUACUUGUGUUUUACCUUCUAUUGGGGUAUAAGCAUACCAACUGACCCUAAAACCGGAGGUAGACACACUGCAGUCUGUUUAUGGGACGCAUGCAGCUAUCACAAUCUGGCUUACAUCCCCACCUGCCAAGUAAGAGUAUGGCUAGCUAUGGAAAUGCAAACUAAAUCAGGGUUUACUGUACCAAACUACUUAACCAAAUCAAACUGGACAGCCUAAAACAUAUUGCAUUUUAGUUGGCUGUUAUCUGUAACUUGUUCCAAUCUUUAACUCUAGUCAUAUUAAGAUUCAGGACAUCUGCAUAGUACAGCACAACUAUUCAACUCCAAACUUACUCAAGCUCAACAAGUAAAAUAAAAAACCUCAACACUUUCCUCUCUUAUAAUCGGUUUAUUGCCUUCUUUACUGAACCUCCGAUUCAUCUAAUGUGGGAUGUUAGACCAUCAAAAUGAAGGUGUUUUUUUUAACCUGUCUAAACUCUGAGGUGCCUGAGAGUCUAUUUGUUGAGCAGUAUUGUAAUACACAAUGCAUCUGCACUCAGUGGUUUUCAUUUGUUUUUUAUUGCACUAAAAGAUUUAUCUGCCUUUUAUGUUUAUUUUGUUAUAACAGAUCUGUCUUACUAAUGUAAAGUUGUACAAGAAAAUGCUAAUAAACUAGA